CGACCGCGAGGAGCAAACAAAGAGGCACCGUGGUUGCCGCAUCCCACAGCAGCACCAAAAAGCAAAAUAACCGCAUCCGACUCUACCAUGGCGGCCGAAGCAGCAGCCACGGCGGUGUCCCCGUCCCGCCCCGACGAGGAAGACGACACCGACGAUCCGUCCCUGAUCAUCCCCAUCCGGAGCUCCGGGAAGGACGGCGAAAAGUUCAUCGAGAUUUUCCCGGAGGAAAUCCCCGACACAAARUCCUCGUCGCUCAUGCAGGUSAUGAAGGACGAGAACGCCGACCUGGGCGUCUGGGCGGACGCCGCCCUGCACUACGUGAAACACAAGCAGCACGCACAGGACUCGGCGCAGAUCCUGGAGGCCGGCUGCGAACGGGCCGAGACGGGCACCAAGGACGACCGGGUGCGGAUCUUUGCGGCGGCCGGCAUCGCCCACCUGACCGCGGCGCAAGAGGGGGGCGGCGGGGGCGACAAGCGGGCCGAAAACGACCUCCGGGAAGAGCUCAUYAGCAAGGCGGACAACCGGUUCACCCUCAGCUCCAAGGUGGACAACCUCUACCCCAUGACCUGGAUGGGCAGGGGCAUGCUCAACUUGUCCGCCAACCGGCUCAAGCAGGCGAGGUUUUUCUUCGACACGACCCUCAAGGAGUGCGGGAAGGUCCUCCCGGCCCUGCUGGGACUGGCGGCCGUGUGCUACCUCGAGGAAAACUACGCGGCGGCGCAGCAGAUGUACGCCGAAGCCAUUCGGCUCUACCCGAAAAAGAGCGGGGCGCCGACCCGUGUGGGGUUUGGGCUGGCGUGCUAUCGRCUGGGGCAGGUAAGAYCAUUGGCAAUGCCAACAACGGGUCCGAUYCGGRCGAAACCACUGCCGRGUAUGCGCUGCUGUUUCCGAUGGUGUUGCUCAAUGGCCUUUUGUUUUCCUUGYCUCCCUUUCUUUUUUGACCGGUGUCUACCGUAUGCUACUGCACUAUUGCWCUAUUGCCUUGCUUUGUCGAAAGGUGGAUCGCGCCAAGGCGGCCUUUGCCCGCGCACUCGAYAUGGACGGGGARAACGUAGAGGCCAUGGUGGGAGCUGCGGUGCUGGACAUGAUGAAUCUUGAUGAAACCAGCAACGACUUUAAUUCGCACAUGGAAAAGGCGAUCAAAAUGAUGAGCAUGGCCAACCUUCUCGACCAUUCCAACGCGAUGGUACAAAACCACCUCGCGAAUCACUACUUUUGGAAGUGGACGCCGAUGGCCGGCACCGUGGAGGUGACCCAGGGAUCGAAAACCGUCAAGGGAUCCCAAUCGAUUCCGCUCGACGAGGGCGACAGGGUGCGCAUCGGAAUGGAAUUCGAAACGUACGUAGACGACGACAGCGACGACGCGGAUGGCGAUGGAGGGGUUACCUUCCAAAUGAAAGAGGCCUGGAAGGGGGAAACAACCAGCGGGCUCAAAGUGUGGAAGAAGGAUUACGACAGAGUGAUCGCGCUGGCGAAGGGCGCCUAUAACAGCACCCAGGUGACGGAAAUACAGGCCGAGUCUCUCUUUUUCUUGGCGAGGGUAUACCACGUUCGAGGAAUGAUGGAAGAUGCCGGAAAGGUAUACGACCGAUCCUGCAAACUCAACCCAAACCUGACUCCGGCACGAUUUGGUCUUGCCCAGGUAUUGGUGUACCAAGAACAGUACGAACCAGCGGCGGCGCACCUGCAAUUGGUCCUGGGAACCUCCAACACMGCUACCGAUGCCCUAGCCACGCUCGGGCUCUUGAAAGUCCGAAGCGGACGAAAAACCCAAGAUGGUCUGGCGCACCUGCGCAAGGCCAUCGAUCURGAUCCCCUCAAUCCCGACUUGAUUUUUCUGGAGGCGCUGGCCCUGCAGCAGAACGAGAGCAAUUUCCCCAAGGCCCUGGAACGAUACAACAAGGCCGUCGAAUUGAUGGAACGGCAGGGAUCCAAGAUCCCCUUCGCGAUCCACACAAACAUCGGCGUGCUCUCUCACGAAACCCGAAAGUUUGACGAAAGCCUGACCUCGUACGUGCGGGCCCUGAAUGCGCUGGACGAAGAUGGUACCAAGCGCGUGGCCACACUGGAAAACUCCGGYGUGGAGGGCGGGACGAUUCGUCACGACGACAACAACAUGUUUUUUGGCUACGUCGAUAGCAAGCUGAAGGUAGAAAACCCCGCCAAGGACGGUGACAAAGAGGAAGGUUCGACCGUGCUUAAAAUUAUCGAAUCGGAAGGAAAGGAGGCAUCGGAUUUUUCUUUGAAGGUUGGCGAUGACAUUCGAUUGGGAGAGUCCUUCACAACCCGAGUUGCGGGCAUAGAAAAGGAAGACAAAGCACUGGUACUGAAAAUAGACGAUGCUUACAAGCACGAGCCGCUUAAGAAAAAUGAAGACGACGAAAACAAGAUGGAGGAAGAUUCGAAAGAAGAACCCGAUGUGGAAAAGGUCAAGGACAUUUCUGUUUUAGUGAAACGCGAAAACAGUCGCAUGRAGGACCCGCAUGCGAUUAGCAUCGCUUUCAACCUGGCACGGCUGCACGAGACGUCCGGAAGGAAUCUCGCCGCGAUCGAGCUCCACAAGGCCAUUCUGAAAAGAAAUCCAGCGUACGUCAACAGUUAUCUGCGCCUGGCGUGCAUCGCAAUCGAUUGUGGGGCUCURAACGAGUGUGCGKGGUGGCUAAAGAUUGCGGCGGAAAUCGCGCCCGGGAAUCCAGAGGUCCUCACCCUAAUCGGGAACCUCCAUCUUUCCCUCUGCGAUUGGCAGCCGGCCCAGCAAAUUUUCGACGGCCUUCUCGGCAAGAAAAUUCCAAACGUGGAAUCCUAUGCUCUCCUGAGCAUGGGGAAUAUUUACUUUGCGAACCUUGAUAUACCGAAACGGUACGCSAGUUAUUUGGGGUAUGCCGGGGAUUACUACAAACGCAUCCUGACGAAGGACAACGCCAAUGCGUAUGCCGCCAAUGGGUUGGGAACCGUGAUUGCAGAGAAGGCGGAGUUGUUCAAGGCAAAGGAAGUCUUCAAUCGUGUGAGAGAAGUAACCGGCGACACCAUUUCGGAUACGCAUCUCAACCUGGCACACAUUUACCUUGCACAGAAAAAACAUCCCGAAGCAUUGCAAAUGUACCAAAGCUAUCUCAAGCGUACCGAAGAUGGAACCACCCCGAUUACCUCGAAGAGCAGGCUCGAUGACAAGGUUGAHGUGCUCCACUACAUUGCGUUUGCAUACUUUGACUGGGCCCGCCAAACWGAGCUCUUUAACAAUGCGAAAGCAGCGCCCGCCGACGAGCGAUACAAAAARGCGAUGGAACAUAUUGAACUGGCUCUGAUUGACAACACGUCCGAAUCGAAGAAUGGUCUUCUUACCUAUAAUCUGUGCAUGACCAAGCUACAGGCGGCUAACUGUGUUUUGCAGAAACUCACCAGAAAUAUUCGAAGGACAGCUCAGGAAGUUGAGGAAGCACUGAACGGACUUCAACACAGUUUAGAGACGGUAGAAACGAUCCUCAAAAACAAGAAAGAAGGCGCUAAGGUACUGAUCUCGACGUCUAUAUUGAAUGAUUUUAUUACUCAUUGCAAGAGUAAUAUCGAGUCGGCAAAAUCGCAUCUCGAGGAUGAAAGAAAGCGCGAGGAAGAAGCGAAUGAAAUCCGCGAAUUGCAGCGCAUGGCGGCGGAAUCAAAGCGAGAAGAACAAAAACUUCAGAAAGARCUGAAGAUGCAGGAAGAAACAAAGAAACAAGAAGAGCGUGAUCGAAGGGUACGUAAUCUGAUUAAAAUUUUCGCGUCUGUUAAAUGUUGUCGUUUGUGCGCUAGCUUUCUCGGUGCAUAUCCUCACGUAUUUAUUCCGAAUACUUUGYUCUUGUCUUWAGGCGAGGGAAAAGAUGAGAAAGUUGGAAGAUCUGCGAUCGGGAUGGGAACAUGAGCAAGCAAUUGCAAAGGCCGCAGYAGAAAAACGAAACCAGAACAAAGCACCUCCAGCGCCCGAGCAUACGGAAAAUAUCAAUAACCUGGAAUUGGAAGAAGACGACGCAAAGCCUGCUUCGGCGGGUCUCUUUGAAGACUCGAGUGACGACGAGGAAGAGGAACCAAAGAAGGACGAAAAUGAAGAAAACAAAGAAAUCGCUGCAGAUACSACCCAACAGGAUUUGUUUGGCGACAGCAGUGAYGAGGACAGCGAUGAAGAGCUGAAGCCAUCGUCCGGCACUAAACGUGGAAGUGUUGAUAAAGAGGAAGACGAAGAUCAAGAACAACCGAGUUCCAAAAAGCAAAAAACUGAGGAGGUUGAAGAUUCCGAUUGAUAAAUACUACUAAAAUGACAAAUACCAAACGUAGAACCAUGUAUAAAGCAAGUGACUAUUU